CGUGACCCGCUUGGGGCCAGUCACGUGAGGCACGAAUCCUGGGUGGGAGGGGGUUGGCAGAGGGGUCCGGAGUGGCAGUAAAGGAGGAAGAUGGCGGGGUGCAGGGGGUCCCUGUGCUGCUGCUGCAGGUGGUGCUGCUGCUGUGGUGAGCGUGAGACCCGCACCCCGGAGGAGCUGACCAUCCUUGGAGAAACACAGGAGGAGGAGGAUGAGAUCCUCCCCAGGAAAGACUAUGAGAGUUUGGAUUAUGAUCGCUGCAUCAAUGACCCUUACCUGGAGGUUUUGGAGUCCAUGGAUAAUAAGAAAGGUCGAAGGUACGAGGCGGUGAAGUGGAUGAUGGUAUUUGCCAUCGGAGUCUGCACUGGACUGGUGGGCCUCUUCGUGGACUUUUUCGUGCGUCUCUUCACUCAGCUCAAGUUUGGAGUGGUUCAAACAUCUGUGGAAGAAUGCAGCCAGAAAGGCUGCCUUGCCUUGUCCCUCCUUGAGCUCUUGGGUUUCAACUUGACCUUUGUCUUCGUGGCGAGCCUUCUUGUCCUAAUUGAGCCAGUGGCAGCAGGCUCGGGGAUACCUGAGAUCAAAUGCUAUCUGAAUGGCGUGAAGGUACCAGGAAUUGUCCGUCUUCGGACUCUGCUCUGCAAAGUCUUUGGAGUUCUGUUCAGUGUGGCUGGAGGACUCUUUGUAGGGAAGGAAGGCCCCAUGAUCCACAGUGGAGCGGUGGUGGGAGCUGGCCUCCCUCAGUUUCAGAGCAUCUCCUUACGGAAGAUCCAGUUUAACUUCCCCUAUUUCCGAACUGACAGAGACAAGCGGGACUUUGUGUCAGCAGGAGCUGCUGCAGGAGUCGCUGCUGCUUUCGGGGCCCCUAUUGGGGGAACCUUGUUCAGUUUGGAGGAGGGCUCAUCCUUCUGGAACCAAGGGCUCACAUGGAAAGUGCUCUUUUGUUCUAUGUCUGCCACCUUCACCCUCAACUUCUUCCGUUCCGGCAUUCAGUUUGGAAGUUGGGGUUCCUUCCAGCUGCCUGGGUUGCUGAACUUUGGCGAGUUUAAGUGCUCUGACUCUGAUAAAAAAUGUCAUCUCUGGACAGCUAUGGAUUUGGGUUUCUUCGUCGUGAUGGGGGUCAUUGGGGGCCUCCUGGGAGCCACAUUCAACUGUCUGAACAAGAGGCUUGCAAAGUACCGUAUGCGAAACGUGCACCCGAAACCUAAGCUCGUCAGAGUCUUAGAGGGCCUCUUGGUGUCUCUGGUAACCACCGUGGUGGUGUUUGUGGCCUCAAUGGUAUUAGGGGAGUGCCGACAGAUGACAUCUUCGAGUCAAGUCGGUAAUGACUCAUUCCAGCUCCAGGUUACAUCAGAAGAUGUGAAUUCAAGUAUCAAGACCUUUUUUUGUCCUAAUGAUACCUACAAUGACAUGGCCACACUCUUCUUCAACCCCCAGGAGUCUGCUAUCCUACAGCUUUUCCACCAGGAUGGUACUUUCAGCCCCGUCACGUUGGCCUUGUUCUUCAUCCUGUAUUUCUUGCUUGCGUGUUGGACUUACGGUAUUUCUGUUCCAAGUGGCCUUUUUGUACCUUCUCUGCUGUGCGGAGCGGCUUUUGGCCGUCUAGUUGCCAAUGUCCUGAAAAGCUACAUCGGAUUGGGCCACAUCUAUUCGGGGACCUUUGCCUUGAUUGGUGCCGCAGCCUUCUUGGGUGGAGUUGUCCGUAUGACCAUCAGCCUCACAGUCAUCCUGAUCGAGUCUACCAAUGAGAUCACGUAUGGGCUCCCCAUUAUGGUCACCCUGAUGGUGGCCAAAUGGACUGGGGACUUUUUCAAUAAGGGCAUUUAUGAUAUCCACGUGGGCCUGCGAGGCGUGCCACUCCUGGAAUGGGAGACGGAGGUGGAAAUGGACAAACUGAGAGCCAGUGACAUCAUGGAGCCCAACCUGACAUAUGUCUACCCGCACACCCGUAUCCAGUCUCUAGUCAGCAUCCUACGUACCACAGUCCAUCAUGCCUUCCCUGUGGUCACAGAGAACCGGGGCAAUGAGAAGGAGUUCAUGAAGGGCAACCAGCUCAUCAGUAACAACAUCAAAUUCAAGAAAUCCAGCAUUCUCACCCGGGCCGGUGAGCAGCGUAGACGGAGCCAGUCCAUGAAGUCCUACCCAUCUAGCGAGCUGCGGAACAUGUGCGAGGAGCAUGUGGCCGCUGAGGAGCCCACCGAGAAGGAGGACCUCCUGCAGCAGAUGCUUGAGAGGAGAUACACCCCCUACCCCAACCUAUACCCUGACCAGUCCCCAAGUGAAGACUGGACCAUGGAGGAACGCUUCCGCCCUCUGACCUUCCACGGCCUGGUCCUCCGGUCGCAGCUCGUCACCCUGCUCGUCCGAGGCGUCUGUUACUCUGAAAGCCAGUCGAGUGCCAGCCAGCCACGCCUGUCCUACGCUGAGAUGGCCGAGGAUUACCCACGGUACCCCGACAUCCACGACCUGGACCUGACACUGUUGAACCCACGGAUGAUUGUGGAUGUCACCCCGUACAUGAACCCUUCACCUUUCACUGUCUCCCCCAACACGCACGUCUCCCAAGUCUUCAACCUGUUCAGGACGAUGGGCCUGCGCCACUUGCCGGUGGUGAAUGCAGUGGGAGAGAUUGUCGGGAUUAUCACACGGCACAACCUAACGUAUGAGUUCCUGCAGGCCCGACUGAGGCAGCACUACCAGACCAUUUGACGGCCCAGCUGGCCUCCUUACCACCGGCCAGCCCACCCGCUCGCGGAGCUGCCUGGGCCGGCGACUCACUCAUGCUUCAGCCGGCACAGUGGGCUGGGACUGUCCCAGAGCACGGAAGGUUCCUAGUCACCCACUCGAUUGGAAAGCCUGGAGUCAUCGAACUGCUGGUCAGACAUCCUGGGGUGGUGGUGAAGCAUCAGAGCUUGGACCCUUCUAAAUUCCUCAGCAAGUAUCUUCAUGUUUCCUGCCCCCUGUGUUCCUGCCGUGCAGUGUUUGCCCAGGCCUGCCCAGGCCCCACUCGAGCUAGGACCAGAGGUGGAAGUCAGGCCCAGCCCCGAGGGGACGUUCAGCGUGGUUUUCCUCCGUCCUUGCUUUCCCUGAGAACCCAGCUGUUGCCUUAAACCAUUGUGGGAGGGGCUUUGACCAAGGCAAACACUGGGAGGGGCUGCCAGUUGCAAAAUCAAAUUGAUUACUAAAUUUAGGAAUUGGGCACUGAGAAAGUUCUCCAGGUUUUAAGGAAGCCUUCACAGGGACUCUGAACCCCUCAUCCUCUAGUUCCCCUAAGGGACGUGUUCUGCUUUGUGAGUGUGGGUGGGUGCUCUGGUCUUGUCGCUGUGGUUUGACUCUCCUUAGAACCACCACCCUCCAGAAGCACAAAGCCUUACAGUCCCACUGAGAAUCUGUACAGGAUAAAUCAGCAUAGGAUCGCCACAGCUGCCCUGGAGGUUAACAUUUCUGCUUUCUCUCCAUCUGCAAUUACAUGGUCUCUGCUAACAUGUUCCGACCCCAACCAUCCCCGAGCCUUUUCAUCUCCACGACUUGGCAGACUUUGCUGACGCUUUCCUCGUCAUCUCCUCACAGUACCCCGAAGUUAACUAAAAGCAGGGUACGCCUAGAUAAGCUGCCUCACUGAACUCAAGGGAACGGCCCCCUUUUUAGAAGGUGGAUGGGAGUCAGUGCGACCCCUUUUGGGUACGUGGAAGUUAGAGAAAAUGGUCGGUUCAGGGAAGAAGCCGUCCACCUUUCACACACCUCUCUCCCACCCCUGAUGCCAGCCAUCCCCACCCUACUGAGGGCUCAGAAUAGGAACUUUGUGGGAGUCUUCUGUGCUGCAGGGUGGGUGAGGUGGGGAGAAGAGAUGCUUCCUGCCAGUGUGUGUGGAGGGAUCAAGUAUUGGACUCCCCCAUCCUUGUCUUUUAGUGACUUUGUUCCUCUCCAGGCCGGUUGGUCCCUCUCCAAAUAGGCACCCACAGCGAGUGUCUGGGCUUCAGGCGUUUGCACCUGUCUCCUCCUACCUUCCACAUAGUCACCGUCGCCAUGGUCCCAUCAAGUAUCUUUGUGGCAGACCUACUUUGGGACUCAAGACGGCAUUCACAGCUCAGCAGCUUGAGGCUAUGUGGGAGACCCGGGGUCAGCUCCCAGCCCAUACUGAGAGCCGGCCUCUGAGGCACGCCUGUGGUCCUAGCUACUCAGGAGGCUAAGGCAGUAGGAUUGCAACAAAAUGAGAUUUGUCUUAAAAGAAAAGUGGCAUUCAUUUCCAUUUAGUUUUUUCAGACCAUGGAAGUUGCCCGAGGGCAUUGGUGUCUUGGCAUCUAGCCUCAGCCUGUGCUGCUUCCUGUGGCUCUCAUUCAGCCCAGGCAUGGUGUCAGUUCUGGCUUUGUUGACCUAGGUCAACCCAAGUGCUCUGCACUCCAGGGAGCGAUUGCACUGAAAUCAGGUGGGGUGGGGUUCGGGGGUUAUUGCUUUAGGACUCUUUCUAGUUAACUGAAUCCCCCUCCCCAUUUAUCUCUUUGACCAAAAUUACUUUAAGUUUUUUAGGUUCUCUGGAUGUGCCUGACUUGUGAAACGGGGAUGACACUCCCAGUAAUCAGUUCAGAAAUUCACAAGGACCAAAAGCGAAAGUUUUAAGUGUGACUGUUCAACCAGCUGCCGCCCUGUUUUGUGGCAGCAUUCAGAGCUCAAGCAUGCCACUGCAUCCUCUCCGUAGGGAGACCCGUUGCCCAAGUCAGGAGAAUGGUGUGACCAUCUGCCACAGAAGCUUUGCCCCUUUUCCACCCUCACUGGAGUGGCAGAGCCUCAGCCCUGCAGGAGGACCCUCUAGAGGCCAGGAUGCCAGCCGCCUGCCUCGAGGCUGCCCUGGGCCCCGGGUGAAUGUUGCUGGAAUCUAUUCCUCGUGCACAUCACGUGUUUAAGUCAUCAGGUGUUUUGUUCCCAUCAGUGUAGCCCAGAGAUAGACAGUAAAAUGCAAAUGCCUCCCUUCCCCUGGCCACCUGGAUGACUGCCAAGGGGGACCCAAGCCCAGGGCCCUCUGGGGAGACAUGGUUUCUUGUCCUCUGCUGUGUCUGCCCUUUCCAGAGAAGCCCAAAGAUGAUGACUUCUCCACUCACAGGUAACUGUUAGCCUUGCUCCUUGAUUCUUGACCAUUGGAAACCAGAGUCUACAGCUCCUCACCUGCUACUAGCCCCAUCACCCCCUGUGAUUAGGUCACCUCGGUCACACACACACACACACACACCCAGAGGGCACCUGGGGUGGGCAGAGGCGGUUUUCUGUGUUUUGUCUCCAGCUUGGUGUUCCGUGACUCCCGGCUGGGGCACUUGGAGUGGGGAGUGGAACUGACAGGUCCCCAGUCACGACCGUGGGACAUUUGUGAUCCGAGUGAGGAUUUGCUUGUGACCUUGCUUAACUAAGAGUUUUUGGCUGCAGUGGAUACUUGCUUGAGUUGGCCGACUGACCACGUGGCAUUUCUGGUGCAGACCUGCGCUGACGGCCCUGCCCCGGCCGUGCAGUAUUGAUGUGCAGUGUUGCCCCGAGUCCUGUGGACCUUGGUCUUCGACAGUUGCAGCUUCCUUUCUUCUGUUUGCACUGUUUAUACAGCAAUGUUAGCUAAUACCACUGUGUAUAUAAAUCGUAUUUUUUUUUUAAUUUGUAAAAUUCUAUUUUUAUUUGAACUUCGGAACUUGGAAAUUCUGUUACCAUACAUGUCAGAAUAAAAUGUCUUCAUCUC